UCGAAGCCGCGCGGAACGGAUGUUGGGCUCGAGUACGCGACAACACCUCGUGCCGUGCUUCUCUCAAGGGGACUUUACUAGUUUAGCCUCCGGUCGUUGAGCUCGCGCAUACGGAUCGUCGAGCGCACGUGAUCGUAGGACCGAUUUCCUCCGAGGGUCUUCGGCGCGCGGUACCAAAAGUGUUCGAGAGGUCUCGCAAUCAACCUAUCGUCGAUAUCGACUCGCGAACGGAGAAGAGAGACGGACAAGAUACUCGUAGACCUCGAAGAGAAUCGCGAUUCGCGAGCAUCUCGGUGAACCGUGUAUCUUUGCGCGCGUUAUUUAUCCCCAUCAGGGUGCAUCGCGAGUGUACACUGACAGUUCGAAGUACGUUCGGUACAUACGAAUUGUCGUUUUCGUCCGUUCGCAUCGGUCUCGAUCCCGAUUAUUCCGAUCUUUCGCCUGGUCGUUAACUCCGCCCGAGAUUUGAUCGACGGUCCUCGAGAAGAUACGGAAGAAGCGGGUGUCUUACGCGAGGUAGAGAGAAUGAUAACGGCAGCAACCGGUCCGGGACGUCGUGGAACGAAUUAGGCGCGUCGUGAUCGACGGGAGCAGAAUCGAACGGAAUCGCGUGUCCCAAGGACAGACGUUCGAGGUGUCCGACGGGACACCAUGUAUGACGCGAGGCGAUCGCGCCGGGUUCACGACCGGUCGUGCUGAUCGGUUCUAUUAUCGAGUCGUGGAUCUAACGCGAGGAAUGUGCCAUAUUUCGCGAUCGAGAUAUUCCCGGUGACAGCGAGGGCUAUUUGUGAUAUGUUUACAGCUGGCGGAGAAAAAUAAGAAGGAAGAGGAAGCCUAGAAUCAGAGAGCCGAGAAGGCGGAAGAUAAAAAGGCGAGAGAAGAAGAGAAAAUUUCAAAGGAUAGAGAGACGAAGGUAUCCUCGCGACGCUGGGAUGUCGCGGUUUGCACCAGGAAACGGCUCGUGCGGCCACGACAGGUCGACGACGCAGUGAGACAAUCCUGCCGGUUUUCUAAACGCGAAGCUACGUUUUUCCGCGAGAAAAAGAGAUAAUACUCCGCGUCGGUGUAAGUGUAAUACUACAGCCGAGAGAAACCGAGGAUAAAAGCAGUGAUUUCGUGGUUGAUUGGUGCUGGUGGUAAAUAUGUUGGGUGAUACGAAAGGUGUCGGGAAGGAAAGGAAAGCGCCGCGAUAAUCACCGCGACGUUCGUUGUCGCGAAGGAGAGAGGAAGAGGAAGGACUUUGCGUCGUCGGAAGCGAUACGUCUUCUCGUUCAUCAUCGCGCGCUCGGCGUCUCGCGAGACUAGCGGUCGCGUAGGAAUGGAAAGAUCGAGAUAAUAUCACGAAGACGGGAGAGGAGGAGGAGGAGGACGGCCGUGGCGCGGUGUUGGAGACCCCCAGGAUGCGGCAUCUGCUACUGUUCCUCGUCCUGGGAGCGACCCUCGCCCCGGGCGCGCUAUCCAGCGUUACGCGCGAAAACGUAACGUGCCUGGAGGUCUCCGAGAAUGCGCCGCCGGGGACGAGGGUGGGAUAUAUCGACGCCGACAAUCCGCCAUACCUGAUAGUGUCGGUGGAGGGUACGUCGGUGGAGUCCGAUCUGACCGUGAAUCAGGCGACGGGCGAGAUAAGGACGAAGGUGCAGUUGGACCGCGAGACCCGUCCGUCGUACGUCCUGCUGGCGUUGCAGCAGAACGUGCAGAUCACCGUCAAGGUCCUCGACGAGAACGACAACGCGCCAACCUUCCCCGUGGACCACGUGGACGUGGAGUUCCCGGAGAACUCGCCGCGCGACGUCAAACGGGCGCUGCCACCGGCCAAGGAUCCCGAUCUCGAGCAGUACUCGACGCAGCGCUACGAGAUCGUCGCCGGCAAUCACGGCAACGUCUUCCGGCUGUCGCAGCACAUGGGCCGCGACGGCGUCCUCUACGUGGACCUUCAGAGUUCCGGUUCGCUGGAUCGGGAGGCGCGUUCGCGGUAUCACUUGGUGAUCGAGGCGCUCGACGGGGGGACGCCGCCGCUCCGAUCGAGCCUGCACGUGAACGUGACGGUGCAGGACGUCAACGACAAUCCGCCCAUCUUCAAUCAGACGCGCUAUGUCGCGUGCGUGCCGGAGAACGCGACUGUCGGCACGCCGGUGCUGGCGGUGAACGCGACCGACGCCGACGCCGACGACAACGGCCGCAUCGAGUACUCCAUUAAUCGCCGGCAGUCGGACCGCGAGGAGAUGUUUCGCAUCGACCCGGAGACCGGGAUGGUCUACGUCAACAAGGCCCUCGACUUUGAGUCCAAGGACCGGCACGAGCUGGUGAUCGUCGCCCGGGAUCGCGGCGCCCAACCGCUGGAAGCCAGCGCCUUCCUAUCUGUGUGCGUAACCGACGUCAAUGACAAUCAGCCGGCCAUCACCGUCAUCUUCCUGUCGGACGACGCGACCCCCAAGAUCAGCGAGAGCGCGCAACCCGGCGAAUUCGUCGCCCGGAUAUCCGUCAGCGAUCCCGACUCCAGAACGGAAUACUCGAACGCGACGGUCACGCUCACCGGGGGCGAGGGUCACUUCGGUCUCACCACGCGAGACAACAUCAUCUAUCUGGUGGUGGUCGAACGGCCGCUGGACCGCGAGGAGAAGCCCGUCUACGAUCUGUCGGUGGAGGCGACCGACGCCGGCACGCCACCGUUGCGCGCCGUCCGCACCUUCCGGCUCCUCGUCACCGACGUCAACGACAACGCGCCCAGGUUCGCGCGGGAGAGGUACGACGCCCAUCUCCUGGAGGCGUCCGAGCCCGGCACGUCGGUCCUGCGAGUGACCGCGACCGAUCUCGACGAAGGUACCAACUCGGCCGUGCGUUACUCCCUGCUCAACACGACGUCGUGGUUCGCGAUCGACGAGAUCACCGGACUCAUCAGCACGGUGACGCACGUCGAAUGCGAGGUCGACCCGGCGCCGAUUCUCGUGGUGAUCGCGACCGACUCCGGACGGCCGCCUCUGAGCAGCAGCGCGACCGUCCGCGUGACAGUGCACGAUUACAACGACAACGAGCCCAUCUUCGAGAAGCCGCUCUACAACGCUACCGUGCCCGAGGACAUGCCCGUUGGACGCUGCUUUCUCAAGGUGCAAGCCACCGAUCCCGACUGCGGCGUAAACGCGAUGGUCAAUUAUACCCUGCCUGGCGGUCGACUGGAGAGCGAGCAGCUCCUGGUGCGCAGUGAUACGGGGGAUAUUUGCGUCCGGUCGCCUCUGGACAGAGAAACAGCGCCUUAUCUGGAGUUGCCUGUCAUCGCCACCGAUCGAGGUGGAUUAAGCACUAUAGCGAUCGUGCGCAUCGAAGUGACGGACGUGAACGACAACUGGCCAAUCUUCGAGCCGCGGAAAUAUAACGUGACCUUGCGUAGCGACGGCACCAUACACGGUCCAAUCUUGAAGGUAGUAGCGACCGACCUUGAUGCCGGGCUUUCCGGCCAAAUCGCCUAUCGUAUCGCUAGCGGCAACGAGGCCGGAGUCUUUCGCAUCGAUCGAAAUACCGGCGAGUUGCACGUGACGAGACCAAGCCUGCUCUCGCGAUCGUGGUUGCAUCAGCUCAACGUGACGGCGACUGACGCGGCCGGCUUGAAGAGCCUCGUUGACGCCGAGGUCAAGGUCACCGUCUCUUCCUCUGGGCACAAAAUCGCCACUUGUGAGAAGCCGCGCUACACUGUCACGGUCAAGGAAAGCAUCCCGCAGAACAGCAUCGUCGGCGGCGUAAAGGACACCACGACAGCGUCAUCCUCCUCGACAGGCGAACGACCGAGCAGGUUUUAUCUGGUAAGAGAGGAAGCUGAUCUCUCGUUGGAUCCCAACACGGGGAUGCUGAGAAUUCGACAGCCGCUCGAUCGGGAAUCACGUGACAAAUACAUUCUCAGCAUCGAAGCACGUAAUGGAGGUCCCGCUGGAUAUUGCCAGAUGGAAUUGAUCGUAGAGGAUGUAAACGAUAAUACACCGUUGUUCCGAACGACUAGCGUUCGCAUCUCUGUGCCGGAAUCUCAUCCUCUUCAUGUACCUCUGUACGUGGCGCAUGCUACCGAUCUAGACACCACGCCGUCACUGCCGAUACACUACGUCCUCGGUCAAAACAGCAACGACCUCUUCGGGAUAGACGCGCGCACCGGCGAACUCUAUUUGGAAAGACGAUUGGAUUACGAGACCCAGCAGAGGCACGGUCUCCUGAUAAGGGCCCUGGACGGUGCUGGGCUCUCGGCUAACCUCAGCUUGAGCGUCGAGGUGCAGGACGUGAAUGACAACCCCCCAGUGUUCGAGAGGAACGAGUAUCAUGUGGAGGUUCCCGAAGGCGCCAGGCUCGAUUCCCAGAUUCUUCAGGUAACCGCGGUAGAUCUGGAUACGGGAAACAAUGCGAGACUGAGCUAUCGUCUCCAUGGUUCUGUUGCCUUUCGCAUCAACUCUAACACUGGAUGGAUCUAUCUAGCGCAGAAUUUGGAUCGUGAAACUCUUGAUCGACAUGCCUUGACGGUUCUCGCAACGGAUAAUGGGUCUCCCGCAGCGACCGCGAGUGCUUCAGUACUAGUGACGGUUCUGGACGAUAACGACAACGAUCCACAUUUCGAGAGGGACUUUUACGGAUUCGAAUUGAUUGAGAAUCUUCCUUCGGGUACUCUUGUUGGUUCCGUGAGCGCCACCGAUCCUGAUCUCGGCAAGAACUCGCUUCUCAGAUACAUGGUGAUUCAAGCCAACAGCAGUUUCGCUGUGGAUCCUGACACAGGUGAGAUUACCACGCGCGAGCCGCUUGAUCGUGAAACGAAAGACGUUCAUGAACUGGUCCUAGAGGCACGGGAUCAAGGAGCACCAUCGAGAGCCGCCAGGGUACCUUUGAAAGUCACAGUUUUAGACGUCAAUGACAAUUCGCCUGAAAUCGUCGAUCCUCAAGGAGAUGUUGUCAGCGUUAGGGAGGAGCAACCACCGGGAACGGAAGUUGCCAAAGUGCGAGCACUGGACAUGGAUCUCGGUGAGAACGCUUCGGUGACCUAUAGUAUCUUGAAAGACCGAGAUUCAGAUGGUUACAACGUCUUCACUAUCGAUCCGAUCACGGGCAUGAUUAGGACCAAGGCCGUGCUCGAUCACGAGGAGCGCAACGUGUACCGGGUGUCCGUAAAAGCUACUGAUGCUGGGCACUUACCGCGACACAGCAUCCGCGCAUUACGAGUCGAAGUUUUGGCACUCGCGGAUAAUCGACCAACCUUCACCAGCAGCAGUCUUACCUUUAAUGUGCGUGAAGAUGCAAGUAUCGGACAUGAGGUGGGAUCAGUGUCGGGGGCGGGUUCUGCAGGUCGCAUGGCCUUCACCUUGGAUUCACUGACGCCGAUCAGCGAGUUUCCAGCUUUCGACGUCGAUCGUAGCUCAGGCCAUCUAGUGGUCGCGCAUUCUCUUGAUCGCGAGAACGUAAGUGAAUACCACUUAGAGAUUCGUGCGUUGGAUACGACCUCGAUCGGGAAUCCUCAAAGUAUCGCCGUCUCCGUGAAGAUUAUCAUAGAGGAUGCUAAUGACAAUGCGCCGAAAUGGCCACAAGAUCCGAUAACUAUUCGCGUGUCCGAAAAAGCGGCGAUUGGCUCGACCAUUUACAAUCUUACGGCCAGUGAUUUGGACAGCGGCUUGAACGGCGAUCUCAGGUACAGUCUCGUAGAUGAGUUUCCAUCGAAGGGUUAUUUUGCCGUGGACUCUUUGACGGGCGCUGUAACGUUAGCUAAGCAAUUAGACAGAGAGGAAAGGGCGGAUUACACUUUAAUUCUCAAAGCAUCGGACCGCGCACCACCAGGCGAGCAAUUAGCAUCUACAGUUACAGCGAAAAUCAUAGUCCUUGAUCAAAAUGACAACGAUCCUGUCUUCGUCGCGCCGGAUUCUAACGAGAUAACCGUCCCAUCGAAUCUUUUGCUUGGUGCGAGCUUAGUAAGAGUCGUCGCCGUAGACAAGGAUUCUGGUGACAAUGGUCGAGUGUCUUAUGUGAUAACUUCAGGCAAUGAAAAAGCAUGUUUCACCGUGGGCUACGAGUCAGGCAUCAUAAGCCUCGCGAAGUCCGUUAAAACAACCACGAAUCUCGAAAUCACGGCUAAUGAUCACGGAUCGCCGCCUCGUAAGGCGGUAUUGAAGUUGAGUCUGAUUCCUGUGACGACGCAGGCAAACGGACCUCCUCGGUUAUUAUUGCCCAAUCCCAUAGCCAGGAUUUCCGAGAAUUUGCACAUUGGGGCGCCCGUACUGAACGUCGCGGGACCAAUCGCGGAUCAAGGUAACAUCACCUUCACAAUUCCGAAGGAUGUGGCCUCGAACAAAUUCACCAUUGCAUCUAAUGGUCUAGUCACUCUUCGGGAUACUCUGGAUCGCGAAAAAGUUGCGCGUUAUUCCGUUUCUAUUCUGGCGAGAUCCAGUAAACUUUUGGACAUCACUACUCUGGAGGUGAUUGUGAUGGACGAGAACGACAACAGUCCGGAAUUUCGGCCAGGUUCCUGUUACACUCUCGCUGUACCAGAAAACCAGGAAACUUCCGUGAUCCACACCGUAGCUGCGACUGAUCUUGAUGAGGAAAAGAAUGGCGAAAUCUUUUACAGUAUCGCAGGCGGCAAUAUUGGUACCAAGUUCACUUUGAAUCCAAUGACCGGUGUAUUGUCAAUGUCAAAUUUGGAUCGCGAGACCGUACCCAAAUAUGUAUUGACGAUUUUGGCCAAGGACAGGGGAAGACCAAGUCGGGAAGCGCGCUGUAAUCUCACUGUGAUUGUGCUGGACAUCAACGACAAUGCUCCGAUCUUCGUGCAGAAUCAGUACAUCGAAUCUCACGCACAUAACGGUUUUUCGUAUGGAUCGUCAAACUAUCCGGCAAAUUAUUAUCCCACCAAAUAUGUGACAACCAUCUCGGAAGACGUUGCGCCGGACUCGAGCGUGAUGUCCGUAAAGGCGACAGAUCCGGAUCAAGGUGUAAACGGAAAAAUUACGUAUGCCAUCGCCGACGAGACAAGCUGGCUCUUCAGGGUCGACAACCUUACCGGUGUUAUUACUACAGCUGGUUCACUGGACCGCGAAAGCAAAAGCAGAUAUCUCUUUCACGUAGUCGCUACAGAUAGUGGCAAGUACGAUGCGAAGAGCACCUCGGUAAGCAUUGAGAUCAACAUUAGCGAUGUAAAUGAUAACGCGCCGGUUUUUGCGGAAUAUCCCUUUCGGACGCGCGUGCCCAUCGGUAUACAGCCCGGUCAGAAUAUUCUACGGGUGGUAGCCAAGGACGUCGAUGAUGGGGCCAACGGAGAUAUCGUGUAUUCGUUCUUGCACGAGCAGGAAAAGCCAAAGUUUCGGAUACAUCCCAGCACCGGCGAAGUAACCGCGAGUUUGUCGCUAUCUCAGGACAACGGCAAGAUCUAUCACUUGGAGGUAUUAGCCAGGGACAAAGGAAAUCCUCCAAAGAGCGCCAAGGGUUUAAUCGAGCUUCAGAUCGGCGAUCUCUCAGAUUUAGCACCAGCCCUCAAAUUUCAGAAUGAUACAUACAACGUCGUCGUUCAAGAGAACUCUGUAACCGGGACGGAGAUCGCUCAAAUCACUGCAGUGCGCACCGAUGGCAGAAGACAGCAUGUAUCCUACUCGAUCGUGUCGGGGAACGACUUCGAUACCUUCGCGAUCGAUGCAGGUACCGGUUUGUUGCGCGUCAAUAAUCCUACAAGACUCGACGCAGAACUCUGGAACGAUAUAACGGUAAAGGACUUUAGCGAAGAGUUACCGUACGAUUCGACACGAAUCAAUUCGUGGGGUAGAUCUCUAGAGGAUCAGGAGCCUCGAGAAAGUUCGAGACACGUACUCAAUAUUAUGGCAAAGACAACAGGACCAGAUGUCCUGGAGGCAUACGUCAAGGUGAUCGUCAGAUUAUCCGAUGUCAACGAUAAUCCGCCAAUCUUCACGCAAACGCAAUACUCGGCUACUGUGCUUGAGGGCAAUACUAAAGGAGAUUUCGUCGUAAAACUUUCAGCAGAUGACGCUGACCAAGGUCUGAACAGCAGGAUUUUAUAUCAUAUUGUGGAUGGUAAUCCGGAUAAUGCCUUCACUAUAAGCCCGCCGCAUAGUGGAAUCGUAAGAACCAAUAUAGUCUUAGAUCGUGAAGUCCGUGAAAAAUAUAGGCUGACCAUUAUUGCAACCGACCAAGGAAAUCCACAAUUAACAGGCACGGCUGCACUGAGCGUCCGUGUAAUCGAUAUCAAUGACAAUCAGCCCACGUUCCCAAAACACAACAUUAUUUCAGUUUCUGAAGGUACAGCCAUGGGAACUGUACUAACGACCAUGACGGCGAAUGACGUUGACAGUUCACCGGUGUUGACGUAUCGAUUCGGGAACUUGACGAGUCCGGGACCCUUCAGCAUCGACCGAUAUGGUGGCAAGGUCGUUUUACGGAAGCGUCUGGACGCCGAGACGCGCUCCGAGUAUAGUCUCCAGGUGAUUGCCAGCGAUGGAAUUCACGAGGCGACGACCGACCUCGUCGUUCGUGUGACCGAUCUCAACGACAACGCGCCGCGAUUCGAACAGGCUGUCUACGUGGCUGUUCUCUCAGAAGGGCAAGGCAAUCUACAGGAAAUCCUGACGGUAAAUGCGACGGACGACGAUCUUUCGGAGGAGAACAGCCGAAUACGAUACUAUCUGUUGCGAUCUGUCAAAGGAUUUUCGGUACAUCCUGUGACUGGUGUUCUGACUGUUAAUCGCACGGCGAUACCCAGACCAAUACCGAAAGAAAUGGACUUGGCGAUCGUCGCGGAGGAUUAUGGCAAGCCUUCGGCAUCAUCGAUAUGUUCAGUUAUUGUGCGACUUAGCAGUUUAAAGAACGCCCUUCCAGGACGGGAGUAUAAGGUUACAGUGAAAGAAAAUUCGCCAAAGGGUACGACACUAAUGAAGCUCUCCGAUGUAGAUUUGUUGGAUGGCGCUAUCGUUGCAGGCGACGAUAGCGGAGCGUUCGAGAUAUUUAGAGGCAAAUUGAUUCUAUCCAGGACACUUGAUCGUGAAAUCAAGGAUAGAUACAUAUUGCGCUUGAGCAGUAAAAGCGAAAACAUGACGACGGAUUCGCUGAUGGGAGAAGAACCGGUAACAGUAACAAUCAUCGUGGAAGACGUCAACGACAAUUAUCCAUACUUCCUGAAAGAAUUUUAUCAAGUGUCGAUCAAGGAAGAUGCUCCACGUGGAACUACUGUUGUCGUUUUACGUGCCAAGGACGAUGACUUGAUUGACAGCGCAGCAGCUACUUUGAUGUACGACAUUACGUCAGGCAACGACGGUGGUCUCUUUCGGGUUGAGAGAAUGACAGGCGCCGUUUUAGUGAACUCCACGCUCGAUUGCGACCUUGAGGCUGAAGUCCACAAUCUCGUAGUGAUGGCUUGCGACAGUGAUCCAAUAUUGCCUUUUUGUGCGCUCGCCAUACUUCGGAUUCACCUGGAAGAUGUAAAUGACAACUCACCAAAGUUCCCCGUUUCCGAAUAUCUCCAAUUUGUUGGUGAGAACGAGCCGAUUGGCACGAUAGUAUUUUCAUCGCGUGCCUCAGAUUUAGAUCGUGGUAUUUUUGGAUCAUUGAAUUACUCUAUCGUAUCUGCCGCUGCGAGCGGAUUCUCCGACAUCGACGACAGUUGGAAGCUGUUUGCGGUUGAUGAGAAAUCUGGCAUUGUUACCACUCGUGCCGUAUUUGAUUACGAGCAACGGAAUCGAUAUGCUUUCACGUUACGUGCCACAGAUAUGGGCGGUCGUUCCGCUGCUGUGCGCGUUAGGGUAGAAAUCGAUUCAAGGGAUGAAUUCUUUCCGCAAUUUACUGAAAGAAUGUAUAGAUUCGGAAUAAAAAGCGGAGUUUCGAUAUUGCCUGGCACCGUAAUCGGUCACGUGACAGCAACUGAUCGUGAUAAAGGGCCUGACGGCCGAGUAGUGUAUCAGUUAACAUCUCAGCAUCCAUAUUUCAAAUUAAAUCGCACUACCGGCGCAUUGAUCGUGAAGCAAAAGUUAAUGCAUAUCGAUAUGGGCGUAGAAGAGUCAUCGAGAUUGGUAGUUAGCGCGAGUUCCGGUAGGCAAGGUUCCCUGUCUAAUAUGACGGUAGUGGAGAUCAUUCUGAUGGACGACAACGAGCCGAAUGGAAUUAGAGGAGCUAUUACUCUAGCAACGGAUGUCGGCUCAAAUAAUAUGGCAGUAGCCACUCCUAGCGGCUUGGCCGAUUGGGGUCUAGGUCUGUUGAUUGCUCUUCUUCUUCUCAUUCUCGCCUUUGGCGCUAUUUUCCUUUAUCUUCACAUUCGUAAUCGUCGUCACAAAAAACCCGGCACGAAACCGGGUUUGAAUGGCGAAAGCAACGCUACCGCGUCCAAUAGCUACGUGGAUCCGAGUGCCUUCGACACCAUUCCGAUUAGAAGUGUGACCGGAGUAGGUGCGAACGGAAAUAGCAGUUCCGGAAGCGCUGGAGGAGCAGGCAGCGCAUCUUGCCAAUUUGCUCCUCCAAAGUAUGACGAAAUACCACCAUACGGAACAUCCGGUCAAUCCGGGCAACAACAGGCUACCUCCGAGCUUUCCGGAAGCGAUCAGUCGGGUUCCUCUGGCAGAGGUUCCGCCGAGGAUGACGGCGAGGAUGAGGAGAUCAGAAUGAUUAAUGAGGGUCAACAAACCGGCGAUUCCGCGAGCGACCUUUCGGUUCACAAUACUCAGGAAUACUUAGCUAGAUUGGGCAUCGUGGAUCCCCCAGCUGGUACACCUAGAAGACCUCCCGAAGCUCUUCCCUUGGAUAGUCUACAUUUGUUUGAAGACGAAGCGAGCACCGAGGCGGAUAUAGCAACGUUGAUCUAUGGCAAGAUUGGAGAAUCUGGACGACCCACUUCAGGCCUGGAAGUACCGGGUGGACCGUCGAUGAAUGGCUCUUUGAGCUCUAUCGUGCAUAGUGAGGAGGAACUUACUGGCUCAUACAAUUGGGAUUAUCUAUUAGAUUGGGGACCGCAAUAUCAACCAUUAGCCCACGUGUUCAGCGAGAUUGCCAGGCUGAAGGACGACGCUGCCAGUGUUCAAAGUGGAAACUCCGGCAGCAGCGGCAAGACCAAGUCUGUACAUAAAGCACCGCCACCACCAUUGCUUACAUCCGUCGCUCCGAGGUCAUUGGCGGCGCCAGCAUUGGCGAGAGGCAUCUUGCCGAGGUCACCAAUUAGCCACGAUGCCUCUACUUUUCCCUCUGCCGCUCUAAGUCCGAGUUUUUCACCCUCUCUAUCACCUCUAGCUACGAGAAGCCCCAGUAUCAGUCCUCUCGUGCCACCGGCCACCCAGAGAUCCAGUCAAAGUGCCAACCGAGGAAUUCCCGUCACCGAUGCCGAACUGAGGAUUUGAAGACAUUUAGAUUUUAUUUCGGCGUAUCCCCUGCGUACAAGUUAGUAGUGUUAAUUCAGUAAUGACUCGCCGAGUAAAAGAUAUUGGUAAGAAUGCGGUGCCUCAUGUAAAGCAGUGCGAAUGAUAUUCCUGUUAAUAUACAUUGUUUAAGUGCGAUUGAAUAUAUGAAUGUUGCUUUCUUAGAUGUGAAUGAUGUAUUAUAACUCGUGGGGUAAACGAGUAAUUUUAAUUUAGGAAUUUUAAUUUGACCGGCCAUCGAAGAAGAAUAUAGUGAUCGAAUUGUUUUCCUCGUCAUACGCAAACAUUGUCUUCCCGCGAUCAAUUAUUAUUUGUAAUUAAUUAACGAAAUAUCGACUAUAUAGAUAAUUUUAAUUCAUCGCGCAGGAUAAGAAUAAUAUAUUUCACUCGCAGAAGUGAAACAGUAAGCGGGAAAGCGGCGAUUGCGUCUCGACGAUUCCGUAUUUAUUAUACAAUACGGCUGCAUCCUUUGUUCGGAUCACAAUCGAUAGGCAAUUGAAAGGAAGUAUUUUUUUAAACGGAAUUGUGUAAAUAUUCGCCGGCUGCGACGGCGUUUAGUCAUUAAGUAGCAUUGUAAAUAUUAAUUCACGUGAACAAUGAUGCUGUCAUAAUCAAAAAGAUAGACUGUCCUUAUAUAAACCGGAAACUGCGAAUGAUCGCGCCGUGUUUGUCAAGUUGCGUGAAUAUGUACAGUAAUAAUCUACUUUUAUAAUAUUGUGAAUUGAUAUACGAACAUGGCGAUAUCAUUCAAGUCGAAAGAAAAAAAUACGCUACUACGAGUGAACUGAUAACGCCGGAUUUCGUGGUAGUGCGUCUCUAAAGCCGCCCGUAUAACUUCGUUGAUUAAUUGUUACUUCAUUCCUGUCUUCCGAACGCGACUUUGAUGUAACGGAGGAUGAAAUUUCAGCCAGGUACAUAUAUGUAUACAUAUGCACUGAUUAUAUAUAAAUGUAUGUCAUAUUUUGUAUAAAUCGUUCUGUGUACAAAGACUCUCCCGAGCCGAGGGCCUUACCGCGACGUGGGCCUUAAAUAAAUGAAUUUUU